UGUUAAAGUUGCAGGCACUAAUAUUUUAAUGAAGGCAUAAUUCAUUAUUCAUUUCAUUAUUGCCUAGUCAUAAUUGAAGAACAUGCUAAAUUUAGUUACAGGAUAGUGCGAAUACUUUUUUUUUCUUAUGCUUCGGAGCGAAACUGACAUUACUAAUAUUUUAACAACUGGAUGUAUUAAAGAUGUUCAAAGGUUUUGGGCUCCAACCUGUGAUUGUUUAAGAACUGUGGAACCCCUGGAGUAUUACAGGAGAUUUCUGAAAGAGAACUGCCGUCCAGAUGGAAGAGAACUUGGUGAAUUCAGAACCACAACUGUGAACAUAGGUUCAAUUAGUACUGCAGAUGGUUCUGCUUUAGUGAAGCUGGGAAAUACUACAGUAAUUUGUGGAAUUAAGGCGGAAUUUGCAGCACCACCAACAGAUGCCCCUGAUAAAGGAUAUGUUGUUCCUAAUGUGGAUCUACCACCUCUGUGUUCAUCGAGAUUUCGGUCUGGACCUCCUGGAGAAGAGGCCCAAGUGGCUAGCCAGUUCAUUGCAGAUGUCAUUGAAAAUUCACAGAUAAUUCAGAAAGAGGACUUAUGCAUUUCUCCAGGAAAGCUUUCUUGGGUUCUGUACUGUGAUAUCAUUUGCCUGGACUAUGAUGGGAACAUCUUGGAUGCCUGUACAUUUGCUUUGUUAGCAGCUUUAAAAAAUGUACAGCUACCAGAAGUUACUAUAAAUGAAGAAACUGCCUUAGCAGAAGUUAAUCUAAAGAAGAAAAGUUAUUUGAAUAUUAGAACUCAUCCAGUUGCAACUUCUUUUGCUGUAUUUGAUGACACUCUGCUCAUAGUGGACCCUACUGGAGAGGAGGAACAUCUGGCAACAGGAACCUUAACAGUAGUAAUGGAUGAGGAAGGCAAACUAUGUUGUCUUCACAAACCAGGUGGAAGUGGGCUGACUGGAGCUAAACUUCAGGACUGUAUGAGCCGAGCAGUUACCAGACACAAAGAAGUAAAAAAGCUAAUGGAUGAAGUAAUUAAGAGUAUGAAACCCAAAUAAACCACCACCACAUUUUCAAAACGGAUUUGUAAAAACUGUAUUUGUUACACUGUGCACAAACCUUUUAUACUAAAUAAAUAUCAAACUACAUUCUUCUGAAA